ACCAAUCAAAAGAAAGAUGGAAGGCAAAACUUUGAUUGUGAGUGUCCUUGUUAUGAGUCUGUUCAUGGCACAAAUUCAAGUUGACGCAAAGAGUUGCUGUCCAUCCAUCACUAGUAGAAAUUUCUAUAAAUCUUGUUGCAUAGUAGGAUUUCCCAUAGGAAAGUGUGCAAAGCUUAGUGGCUGCAAAAUCAUUACUGGUACAACAUGUCCUAACGGAUAUUCAAAGGACAUUCUCGAAAACACAAGUACUGAUAAUGUCGGCGAAUACUGCAAAAUUGGGUGUGUGUCCUCUGUGUGCGGUACUUUAACCACUCUCCAAAAUUCUGAUGCAAGUGAAACCGUGAAAGGAGCAGUUGAAAAAUGUACCAACGCUUGUUCUAUGGUGUGCACCAAAAGCAGCUCAGUGAGUGCAGUUGAAAAUGCCUAGUGAACUAUAUCCAUGAUCAAGAUACCACGUAUGAAGAGACACUCAUCUUUCACACUGUUGUUUUCAUGUUUUCAAUAAUUGUCGUGUAUAUGACAAAAAUGUUAAAACUCUCAUGCUAGUUUA